CGUCUCGAGACAGCUUUCACGUCUGAGGGACAUUUAAUAACGUCCCUAGCUUAAAAACGGCCAAUAAGUUAGGAUGUACUGCUAUUCACAUUGAUAGAUGCUUCGUCACGGGUAGAUCUUUUUGUGUGUAUUUGAGCAGGCAUGUUUGUCGUUUUCCUAUGACUUUGUAAUGAUUGUCUUUUUUCCUCCGUUUCUAGAUAUUUUAAUUGAAACACCGCUGUUCCAGAAUUUUUCAUAUAUGCUGUUUCCGAAGACCUACGUAAGAACUAGUACCCAGAUCACCAUCAACUUCAAACCCUUGGCCCUCAAUGGAAUUCUGUUUUAUGUAUCUCGUAAUGAUCAAAGCACAACGGGGGACUUCUUGUCCAUUAUUCUGCAUAAUGGGUUUGUUAAGUUGAGAUAUGACCUUGGCAGGGGCGUUGGCGAGGCUACGAGCAACUCAACAAUCACUCUAAAUACGUGGCACACGGUAAAAGUGGAUCGAAAUGCCAGAAGUGGAAAUUUGAUAGUCAAUGGUAGUGUUCCUGUGCGUGUCACGUCGCCUGGGACUGCUGUGGCUCUUGAUGUCGAUUCGAAUUUCUACCUGGGAGGAGUUCGCAAGUUGUCGAAUGUGAACCCUAAUGCCGUGGAUAAUGACCCUGCGUUUGUACAGGAUUUCACUGGCUGCAUUGAUCAUUUCGAGGUGAACGGCGUCCUUUACUUUCAGCCAAGCACUGGUGCUCUUGAAGGGAGAAAUAUUGCCAACUGUCCCGAUAGUAUCAGCCAGCAUUCAGCGUAGACUGGAGUUCUGAGUGCAGUGGAGACAGCUAAAACGAGUUAACGAAGCUGAUUUGUUAAACUUCCUGUUCUUGUCAAUUGAAGCUGUCACUGACGUCUAGCUAGUUUUAGCAUGAUUCCAAGUGUAUUUCUGUAAGAAUCCGAUGUCAAGAUCCCAGAUCAAGGCUAAGUCAAUGACCUACUUACAAAGGAAACAAAAAUAUUAGUUUCUUAAGAAAC